AUGGCCUCCAGGCACGCUCCCCUCUGUGGCCUGGCUCCUUGCUGCCUCUGGCUCCUGGGCAUUGUCCUUCUGAUGGAUGCAUCUGCCCGGCCUGCCAACCACUCGUCUGCUCGAGAGAGAGCAGGUAAUAGGGAGGAAAAUGAGAUCCUGCCCCCGGACCACCUGAAUGGGGUGAAGCUGGAGAUGGAUGGGCACCUCAACAAAGAUUUCCACCAGGAGGUCUUCCUGGGCAAGGACAUGGAUGACUUUGAGGAGGACGCAGAGCCUCGGAAGAGCCGGAGGAAGCUGAUGGUCAUCUUCUCCAAGGUGGAUUUGAACACCGACAGGAGGAUCAGCGCCAAGGAGAUGCAGAACUGGAUCAUGCAGAAGACCGCUGAACACUUCCAGGAGGCUGUUGCCGAGAGCAGGGCGCACUUCCGAGCCGUGGACCCUGAUGGUGACGGCCACGUAUCUUGGGAUGAGUACAAGGUGAAGUUUUUGGCGACCAAAGGCCACAAUGAGAGAGAAGUUGCUGAAAAGAUAAAGAAUAAGUGGGACCUGAACAUCGAUGAGGAGACACAGGAAGUCCUGGAGAACCUCAAAGAUCGCUGGUAUCAGGCGGACAACCCGCCCCCGGACCUGCUGCUGACAGAGAGCGAGUUCCUAUCGUUCCUGCACCCCGAGCACAGUCGUGGCAUGCUGCAGUUCAUGGUCAAGGAGAUCAUCCGGGACCUGGACCAGGACGGUGACAAGAAGCUCUCGCUGUCUGAGUUCAUCUCUCUGCCCGUGGGCACCGUGGAGAACCAGCAGGGCCAGGAUGUUGAUGACGGCUGGGUGCGGGAUAGGAAGAGAGAGUUUGAGGAGCUGAUCGACGCCAACCACGAUGGGAUCGUGACCAUGGCGGAGUUGGAGGACUACAUGGACCCCAUGAACGAGUUCAGCGCCCUCAAUGAGGCCAAGCAGAUGAUCGCUAUCGCUGACGAGAACCAGAAUCACUACCUGGAGCCUGAGGAGGUGCUGAAGUACAGUGAGUUCUUCACAGGCAGCAAGCUGGUGGACUACGCCCGCAGCGUGCACGAGGAGUUCUGA